CAGUCGGGGCAGCUAGCAGCUAACUAGCUAGCUCGUGGCAGCCCGAUUGUUAUAAACACAGCUGCCUCAAAGCGUGCAGUUUUAUUUAGCUCGGUCAUUAGAUAGGAAGUCUGCGUGUGCCGCUUUCACCGAGGAAUGUUUUGCUAGCUACUUGUCCCGGGUAUUCUCCUCCUGCAUUCCUCUGUAGAUUAUUGACCCUCCUUCUCCCCUGCACAAAGCAAAGGCACCACCAUGAGUAUUAUUCAAGACAAGUUAGGCAAUGAAUUUUUGCGUAACGGAGGCAUGGACCCUAAUUUUGCACCAGGUAUGCUUAUGUUCAGCCACCUGCCCCCAGUCACCAGCUUUACACGGCUGGCCUCCCAGUCUGUUAUGGGCGAGCUUCCCCAGGAGAUGAUCCUGAAGAAAGAACGCGACUCGCCCCCAGAACACCAGGGCACUGCUGCUGCGAACACAGGGGGCUUCCUUCACAGCAUGGGCAUUAAGCAAGAGCGACUAAGUGAGCUGGAUUACCGUAUGCCCCUCUAUGGCGGGGGUGGAGGAGUCGGGGUGAACUGUGCUGGAGGGGGCGCGGGGAAGAGUGGUACUGACAUGCAAGAUAUGUCUUUUGGCAACCACCACCAAAAUCACCAGAACAUGCUCCUGCAUGACCUCAGCCUCAGCAAUGUCCGUUCCCUUGGAGAACCGAUGCCUGGAAGACCAGGUAAAGAGCCAAAAGAGUCCUCAGGUAGAAGAGGGCGGAGGAGCAACGGCGACGGACAGGGAGGCAAAGCUCGAAGGAAACGCAAUGAUGCUUCAAAGGCCAUGAUGUUGGAUGGAGAUGGGGCCUGCCUGUCCCCCAACUCAAAACCACAUAUCUGUGAGCACUGUAAUGCUGCCUUUCGCAGUUCCUACCACCUGCGUAGACACGUGCUCAUACACACAGGUGAGAGGCCUUUCCGGUGCAGUCAGUGUAAUAUGAGCUUCAUUCAGAAGUACCUGCUACAGCGGCAUGAAAAGAUCCACAGUGGAGAGAAGCCUUUCAGCUGUGACCAGUGUAACAUGCGUUUUAUCCAGAAGUACCAUAUGGAGCGGCACAAAAGGACACACAGUGGCGAGAAGCCAUAUCGCUGCGACACCUGCCAACAAUUUUUCUCAAGAACAGACCGGUUACUGAAGCACAAACGGACUUGUGGAGAAGCCAUAAAGAAGGGCCUAGACCCAAGCAUGCUGGAGCUCAGCGAUGCAGAGCUAGGCCAGGGCAGCUAUUCACUCACUCAGGGAAACUCUACCACCUCCGGACGCAAGAGGGCAAAGUCCAAAAACAGCGAGGGCAGUGAGCGCAAGAGGAAGAAGAAUGCCUCCGGGGCAGCAACCUCGUCUUCUGGGGCGAUGGCCCGUGAGCUGGGCUUGCAGGACUAUGGCAUGGAGCAUCCCUCAGGCUCUGACCCCGCCAUGCAGGGGCGUACUCCCAAAUUGGUCUUUAAAAAAGCUGGCCGCAAGGGACUUGACAAGGGUCUCCUCUCUCUGGACGAUGGUUCGGAUGGACAGAAGCUGUUAGGCCAGAAGCCUGGCUCCAUGGAUCACGUGGAGGCUUCUGGCCUUGAUAACAUGGCUCUACUACAGGUACCUGGAGGCAAUAAGCCAGGACCCACCACCAGCAGCAACUAUGACGAUGCAAUGCAGUUUGUCAAAAAGCGGCGCUACCUCCAUGCGGUUAACAAUGACUAUGGAGCCGGCUCGCUGCACAUGGCACCCCAGGGCAGCAGCGUAAUCCAGGGCUCUCUGGGGCCCGAACCCACGCUGGCCAUGCUGGACUCCUCCCCGCUGGAGCUCAAGCACGAUAAGUCUGGCAUUCCAGAUGAGGUACUGCAAAGCCUGCUCGAUCAUUAUAGCCAUAAGCCAGAGGGAACACACCACCAUGAUGUGACUUUCGACCUGUCAGACCACCCACACCACGUAGACCUCCAGCCAGCCGCCCCUGUUACGCCAGAGUUGGAGGAUGACUCGCCCAAUGGUGGUGACAAAACAGCAGUGAUGAGCGAGUACUCAAAGUUCCUCCUGCAAGCCCUGGAACGCACCAGCCAUAGUGGACCCUUCCCAAGCCUUGGCCCAACAGGGCCUUUCCCACUUCUGUCCAGCAGCUCCAGUCCCACAGGACCUUUGUUCGCUGACAAACAUGUGUACACCACCUCCCCUCUGGACUGUGGCUACCCUCCUGCAGUCUCCUCCCCGCUGCCCAUCGCUGCCUCUUCAUCAACCUCCUCUUCAUCGUCCUCCAAGUCCCACUAUGGCAUGCUUGUUGGCUCCCCCUCCCAGACAGGCUACCACCUCAGCUUGGAAUCUACUAGCCACCAGCAGCUGACUCCGUCUCAGGAGCUGACUGAACAGUUGGAGAAGCAGCAUUCCCCCGGCACCUUCAACCUACCUCCCCAGGAACUUACUGCAUCGGCAGAGGGCUCCAAGGGGCAGCAGCCCAAGCCUGGAGGGAGCGCUGCACCCACCAAUGGCUCCACCUACCCCGACCUGUCCCCACUGAAUCCCCCUAAAGAAACCACAUACCAGAUUGAGAACUUCGCCCAAGCCUUUGGCUCCCAGUUCAAGUCAGGACGGCGGACCCCUCUGAGCUAUGGCAAUGAUCCUGGGACAGAGGUCGACCACCGAAUACGGACUCCAGUGUCAGAAUUCUCAGGGUAUACCAGUUUGUUAGCUGACGUCAGUGAGCCAGUGAGUACAGGAUCAAAAACCCCGACAAGCCAAAGUUUCAGAUAAGGGUCAAACGAGGUGAAUCCAGUAGGGGGCUGUUCUGUUACUGUCCAUACGGUCCCUGUACCCAUCCUAAUUUUGUUCUUGUAGCAAAGUUUGUUUUUUAAACACUGCCAUUAAAUGUUAAUACAAAAAUGACCAGGGAGGGUCUUCCAUGGCCUCAAAUGCAAUUUUUUAAAAUAUUCUCUUUUUUUUUAUGUAGUCGGUUAAUUUUUGUUUGAGUAGUGAUUUUGAUAUGAACGUACCGUAGAUUUAAAUGUAAUUUAAAACAUUUAGAGGGUAGCUAUAAACUUGCUUGUUUUUUUCAUCGUUUUCUGUACCCUUGUGUUUUACCAAUCAUCAUACCAUUGUAAAGUAAUAAUGAAUAAUGUUGAUGAUUUCAAUAAUAACAUUUGUGGCAGGGAAAGGCCCAGAAUUCAAAUGGCAAAAAAGUAUAUAUUGUCUGUUACAAGAAACGUAUUAACUCAGGAAAAUAGGCAAAAUUGUGUAAUAAGACUUUGUAUUAUGAGAUGCAAUUAGCACAGUUUUUACAGGUGUACUUUGAGACUACAAAGCUUUGAGUUUGUUUUUGUAUUGUUUUUUUUUUUAACUUGUCAGAACAACAAAUUACAAUACAUGAUGUUUGGUUUCUACUGCGUGUAGCUUUGUCGAGAUUAUGGUACUCUUGUGUCAACGUGAAGACAUCCACACUUCUUUUAAGAGCCACGUGUACACGCGUUAGUGUGAUUGUAGCAGAGUUCAGCCCACGGUGCUCUCACUGUACGUUCUUAAGUGAAGAGGAUGUUUAAGCGUUGCUGACUGUUGUUUUGUCAGCUGAGAAAAUCUUCAUAACCGUGACCUCUGUUUGUGUGCACCAGUUUGGCCGUAGAAAAGACGCAGCUUAGACAAAAUCCUACCCAGAAGUAACUGCACGUUGCUGUUACAGCCGUCUGUUUCAGAAUGCAAUGAACACCAGUCAGUGAUCUUUUCAUCACGCUGUUGCUGAAGUGAUUUUCAUUUUUUUUUAGAAGAAAAAAAACAAGUCACCACUCUUCUACUCCACUCCUUGCUGUUCCUUUUUGUGUCAAUGGAAUCAAACAAGCACUUUUUUAAACAAACCAUCAUUGGAAACAACAAUAACCCAUUCAAUUUGCAUAUGUGAUACGUGAUUAUUAUGCUAAUGAUUAUUAAUAUUAUUUUAAGAGGAGAAAACUGUGAACGGGGGUUGG